UGUUUAAUCUUUAUACCUCGUGACUGUAUUGUGUUCCAGCGCAUACUGGAAAUAUUCUUUCAUUUUUAAUCUACCAGAGCGAGAUGACAUCUUGCAGUGUCUUGUAGUUCAUGAAGAACAAGUAAGCGCUAAUAUCUGGGAAAGCCGAGAGCAAGUGAAGACAUGACGGCCACCGGAGAUCUCCAUGGAAAUCAUGCAACUGACCAUAAGCAUCGCUUCAGCGAGCAGUGGACGAUCUUUCGGGUUCCGGAGCACAUUCGGAAGGUCGACCAGAAGGCGUACAACCCUCGGGUCAUCUCGAUCGGUCCUUUCCACCGGAACCGGCCGGAGUUGAGGUCGAUGGAAGCUCAGAAGCUGAGGCUGUACGAGCGACUCAUGAAGCAAAUCGGUGAUGGGGACCGCGACGUGGGUCUGGAGACCGCGAUCAAGCAUUUGGAAGGCAGGGCCAGGAGAUGUUACUCGGAGGAGUUCGACCAUAUCAGCAGCGACGAAUUCAUCCAGAUGAUGGUUCUCGACGGUUGCUUCAUCGUCGAGCUCAUGCGGUUGUACCAUAAGGGCAAUCAGCAGAGUCAACAUGUGGAAGAACCAAUAUUCGCAACGAGAUGGAUGCUUCCCAACAUCACUAGAGAUCUGCUAAUGCUUGAGAACCAAUUGCCCUUUUUUGUGUUGCAAGAAAUCUACAAGCUCACCACCUUCGGCGAGGAAGAAAUCCCACUAAACAAGCUCGCGCUCCUAUUCUUCGAGCCUCUACGACCCCAAAAGAGCGAAUACACCGAGAUAAAGUUGCAAGACCAAGGGAAGCAUCAUCAUCUCCUCACUCUAUUUCACUCUAGUUUUGUCCCGAGCGAUUACCGUCCUUCUCGAAGGUCCCGAGGCGUGAGAUGGAACAGACACGAAAAUCUUCCAGGCAAGUUUUGGCUGCAAGAAGUAAGAAUGCUUCGGAGAUCUGGCAUCAAGUUCAAGAGCAAUCCCGGUAAUCUCCUCAACAUAGAAUUUGAGAACAGGGAGCUCCGAAUCCCGACCCUAUUCAUCGACGACUGCACGGGGCCUUUGUUUCGGAACUUGCUGGCUUACGAACAGUGCAAUGCCUUAGCCGCACCGUAUUUCACCUGCUACGCGAUCUUCCUCAACAGCAUCAUCGAUGUGCCGGAAGACAUCGAGAUCCUUCAAGACGCGGGGAUCAUAGUACAGUCCGAGGCCUUGGACGAAGAAGUGGUGAACUUUGUUAACAGUAUCACCAAGGAGCUCGUGUUCGAUUUGCACGACAGGAAUGACUGCUACAUAGCACAGCAAAUUGAAGACGUCAACGCCUUCUGCGGAUCUUGGAAGAGUAAAUGCAUCUAUCAGCUCUCGCGCAUCGACUUCGUCAGUUUAGGGUUGUCAUUCCUAUUCCCUUGGUUCAAGUAAUUACGUGUUCGCUAUUUUCUUAGUCGUUCACGGAACACAAAUCACCUUCAUAUCUGUUC